GCAAAAAGUGCGCGCGGAGGAGGGCCGCUCGGAUGUGGUGUGCUGGCAGGGUUUUGCUGGCUAAACAAGGCGCUACGUCUCACAAACCCUCCUCCGACACUUUCCACCCGCGCCCGCUGCAUCUGCCUGUCACACGACAACAGCGACAACAACAUCGACAGAGCUGCGCGGCGGAGCCGAGUGCGAGUCCGCCGGUGUCUAACGAGGUGGCGCCCUGCGAGCCUUGCAUGCGGGCCGGAGCGACAGCGCUUCAUUGGGCUUUGACGCACGUCAAUUAAUCCUAAUUAGCAGACGCGCGGGGGAGGUCACCGCGUAUCUCCACCGCCGCCCAUAACCCGAAUCCCCAAUGCUCGCUCCGUCCCGCAGUCCAUCACCAGCAUGUCAUGGAUUCAAGUCGACUUUAGCUUGGUCCGUUAUUCCCCCAUCGAAGGUACCCACUACUUCUUCGACCCUGCUUAUCCGACCGCCAUCCAAUUCUUGGUGAAUGGGCAGUGGGAACCUUGGGACGUCGGCUGGGUCAAACACAAAGCGCAAGACCCUGACAUCAAGCGCAUCGCCGAGGAUGCUGAAACUCGACUCAUUUUCGAUCACACGUCCGAGUACCGACAUUGGCCAUCGUCCCCACCCGCGACACCAGGCGUUGAUGAACAUGCGCCGUCUCGGAACGUCGUAGAGUCACCGCUGCCGUCGCCAUUAUUCCAGGAAUUUUCCAGCCCCACUGCGCAGGAUCACCCGCAGGGCCAACCGCCAGCACCACAUCUUCCUCCUCCGGCGUCCUCUCAGCCAUACAGCUACGCCGGGCCUUCCCAAUCAUCCCAGGCACCGACUUACACUUCCCCAUACGGACCGGAUCCAGCCACGCCACCCAGUAGUCAUACUCCAACAUCACAUGCGGUUUCCGCACCCCACCCAACAGUAACCCUUCCGCCGAUAAUCGACCCUGCGCUCAGCAAUGGCGCCCUGCAGGCCGCAUAUUCACCAACAGAGCACGUACCGCAGCCCACAGUAGCGCCAUCGGUUCUCCUUCCCAGGAAUCGCGAAACUAAGAUCCUCCUCUCGCUUGAUGGCGAUGGGGUCCGGGGACUCUCACAGGUUCUACUCGUGGAGUCGCUUGUCAACGCCAUCUGCACCAAGAUAGGACGGCAAGUAGACCCGUAUCAGAUCUUCGACCUAAUAGGCGGAGCCUCCAUGGGAGGUAUAUUGGCUAUCAUGCUCAGCCGCCUCCGAAUGCAAGCACACCAAGCCCGGGAGGCGUAUAAACUUGUCGCGAAAGAAGUUUUCUGGAACAAGAGGGAUUUCUUCACUUCUUUCGACCCACACGCUCCGCCUAUUAGUCACGAUGGACAGGCUGUCGAGAAUGCGAUUAAAGCAGUGGUGACACGGGAGGUGGGAAGCCAGGAAGAGCUCCUUUAUGACUCUCGAGAUGAUUCUGCUGACGUCUUUGUCGUCUCGACACGAAUCGAUAUCGGCACCAACAAAGCCGCACUCAUGCGGUCUUACCAGACACGGCGAAUAACAGGCCCUGAGCUCGACGCCAACAUGACCAUAUGGCAGGCCAUGCGAGCAACAGUGGUAGCACCGCGCUACAUGCAGCCCCGUUCCGGGAUAAACUGGCGACCAGUUAUCGAGCCCGGACUUGUAGAUCACGGCACCGCAAAAAACAACCCAAUUCGCGACAUCCUCUACGAAUGCAGAAAGCUAUUCAGGUAUGCGAACGAUAUGAUGGUCAUCGUUUCAAUCGGAACAGGCGCGGGUCUCGAUUGGAAUCACGAGCUCCCCGAGAUGGCGAAGAGUGUUGGAGACAGGAAUCUCGAGGCCAGUGUGUGGGGAGAAAAGUUCGAAGCAGAUCACCAGGCACUGAUGGAGCGUGGCUGGAUGAAAUACUUCCGGUUCAAUGUACCGGAUCUCAAUGAUGUCCCGUUGGAGGAGUGGUGCCAUGAAGAUCAGCUGAAACAGAAGACACUGACGUAUCUUGGGAGACCGGAUGUAGGCCAGGCGUUUUAUGCCUGUGUGGAUGCUAUUAUCUCAGUCUUGGUCGGGGGUCAGCCCGCUCGGUGACGAGAUGACUUCCGUGAGGAUACCGAAGAAGGCUCUGCGGGAUAGGGAGAUUUGAUGGUGUUGUCUAGGAGCGGCCGGCCCUGUAAAAGAGUAUUGGUCAUCAUGAACUGUAACGAACGAACCCUUUGUAGGAUGUAGUAACACUUAAAUGGAAAUCUUGGUAACAUAA